UGUCGCCUUUUGACCUUCCAGAAGAUUUGGAGGGAUCUGGAUCUGACCUGGAAGGUUCAGGUUCAGGACACGACGGAGAGAUGGGUGACGCCGGCCUCGGCGGCGAGCUGCUAACUGUGGAACCCGCAGAAGAAGGAAACAAAAAGACGGUGAAACUGUCCUCAGAAAACAAACGUGGGCCUCCACCUGAAUUUUUCGCCUUCGCAAACAACAGGAGUUUUUGGGAAAACAGGCAAAUUCUUGCAGGCGCUGUUGCCGGGGGAAUAACAGGAGCUGCGCUUGGAGCUACAUUAUCGGCCAUACUCAUCUACAAAUGGAGGAAGAAACACAUGGAGGAGUGCAGUCUCAGCAAGACAAAGGUUUCUGAUGACAGCUAUUGAGGUUUUUGUUAAACUGUCAUCCUCCGGUUGGUUUAAAGCCACUUUAAUACCAACUGUUUGAGGAGCUGCUGUAUGUUUCCCUGCAGGACUGAAGGGAAAUCUUGCACUU